UCUCGCCUGCCUUUCGAACACAACACAAACUCAUUAGAAACACUUCAUUUCGGACUCCGAUUCUCACAACUCCUGUUCCUACAGUUACCCAAACUCCACCUAACAAAUUCCAACGCUGCCCCUUGAAACCCUCUCCAAAAAUCCCUAAUUCCCUCCAUAUCCUCCCCCAUGGUGAACGAGUUAGAGCGGCUUCGUCUCACCGGCCGGUGAUUCUCGCGUGCCUAACCCGCAUUCCUUUUCUUUGUUGGUUUGUUCACUUCUAAAGAUCGGUUUUUGCUCCAUUAAUUUGAUAUUACACUAUCAAGAACAUGGGAAGUACAUUUAAUCCUCAGAUUUUAGUGGAAAAGCUAGCCAAGCUUAACAACUCACAGACGAGCAUAGAGACUUUAUCGCAUUGGUGUAUUUUUCAUAUGAAUAAGGCCAAGCAAGUUGUAGAAACAUGGGACAGACGAUUUCAUUGCUCUCCACGUGAGCAGAGAUUGGCUUUUCUGUAUCUUGCAAAUGACAUCUUGCAGAAUAGUAGAAGAAAAGGUUCUGAGUUUGUUGGUGAAUUUUGGAAGGUUCUUCCAGAUGCUCUUCGUGAUGUGAUGGAUAAUGGAGACGAGUUUGGAAGAAAUGCUGCACGACGGCUGAUUAAUAUUUGGGAGGAGAGGAAAGUUUUUGGUUCUCGAGGGCAAAUUCUGAAGGAAGAGCUUGUGGGAAGGCACCUGGAAAAUUACAACAGAAAUGGGAAGCAUCAGGGCAUGAAAUUGCAGAAGCAGCCUAUUGGAAAUACAGUGGACAAAAUAGUCUCAGGUUAUCAAGUUGUCUAUGGUGGCCAGAUUGAUGAAGACGUUGUAUUGAACAAAUGUAGGAAUGCUAUUAGCUCUAUUGAGAAAGUAGAGAAGGAAAUUGGUAGUGACAUCCAUUCUGGUAUUACCCGCAUUGCCUUCUUUAGACAGCCGCUAUAAAUACGUUUGUUAAUGUUUGACUAUAUAAUCUGUUUAUGGAAUGAACAAUAUUCAGUUAUUG